UGCUGCGAUUCAUGGGGUCGCAAAGAGUCGGACAUGACUGAGCAACUGAACUGAACUGAAUAGCGGUUCACUUUGGGGUGUCUUAUAUUAUAAGCUCCCACUAACAGAAACAUCUCAUAGAAAACAGCUGAGUGAGGAUAGUUGUUUUAUAUAUACCUCUGGAGUGGUGACUGCAUAAUGAUCAAAUACAGUAAUUCAUUAUUCCAUUAUUUAAAAUUGCUUAUUCUUUAAUUCAAAGUGAUGACUUAUGUAUGUAGUACAAAGUCAAAGCAUGGCACAGUGAAAUGUUUAAAAUUCCCUGAGCGAAAAUGGCAUGCAUGCCAGUCUAAAAAAGGUACCAAAGCAAAGGCAUUUAUAAAAACAAGCUAAUAGCUAAGAGUACUGUUACUAUGUAGCUAAAUGAGAGUGGUACAGUUGAUACAGUGAAAACAGAUGUGCUCUAUCUUCUUCACAGCUCAAGGAGUAAAGGAGGAAAAUGCAGACAUAUCCAUACAGGAUGAAUGAGAGGGAUGUCUACAGUGAUAUGAUUUGAUCCCAAUACAAAGGAACAGAUGCUUGGCUCUGAGCAAGGCACAGUGUCAGGUGCUGUGAGACAGGCAAGGGUGCUGUCUAUAUUAGCCAGGUUACUCAACCUCUCUGAGUCUUGAUUUCUGAUCCAUCAAAUGGAGGUUAUAAUCUUGUAAUGCAACUGUGCAGAGGAAGAGGGAGUGAUGGAAAGCCCCUAAGCAAGUCACCACUCGUAGUGGUAGCUGUACUUGGUACAGCGAUGAUGAGCAGGUUGGUGGCAGCAUCAGUGACAAAGGCGAUGGCUUUUCUUGCCCUCAGAGAGUUCCCACCAGAGAUGGUGAAUACACAGCAUAUACAUGCUGGCCGUUCCACAUCCACGCUAAACCUUGGCACAGCUCUUUCCUGCAGACUGUGAAUGCAGCCUCUGACCCUUUCUCAACAGAAGUUCUAGGAACCAACAAAGUUGAAGUUUUUACAAAACAGGACACGUGUCUGCUAUUCUGACUUCACAGCAUGGUUGUAAAGCUACAACAGACAGUGAACAGUGACCCAAGUCUUCCUUGGUGUCAGGCACUCUUCUAGAUACAUUAAGUCAACUAAUCCUCUCGACAACUCUGGGAUGGAGGUACGGUCUUGGUCCCACUUUUCAGAUGAGAAGACAUGUUCAUGUGAAAAGUUAAGUGGCAGUCCCUUACAGUAAUUCUAGAGUCACAAGGCAGUUUUAUUUACAUGUUGGAUUAGCACAUGAGCAUUAAUUGGUAUAAAUUCAAAAGAAAAAGAGAAAAACUAUGAUUGCAGGACCUGAGAAUGUUUCACAGAGAAGGAAGAAAUGAAAGCUGAAGAAUGAGUAGGACCUGCUCAGGCAGAGAAGACAAAGGUAUUAGAGGUGAGGGAAAGAAUGCAGAUGAGGUUACAGAAAUGGAAAAGCAGGACAGAAGAACAGUUGGAUGGUGGGGUAGAGGUGGUUUCAGGUCAGAAAAUUAAAGACAAGGCUUGAAGGUCAGAUGAGGACCCAAGUGGAAAAGGUUUGGAAUCUGAAGGUGUUUGCCUGAGGUUCACAUCUGUUUGAUGUUCCUAAGACUGCCUUGAGUUCAUCAUGUCCAAUGACAUUGCCGAGCAGGGCCUGUGCACAGGUGGUUCACCUGAGCAUGGUGAAUUAAGGGUCUCAAAAGCCUCCAACAACAAUCUCUCCAUCACGAGUUGCACAAGGUGCCUAAAAUUCCAAACUGGAGUUAACAUACUGAUGGCCUGCACCUGACAUGAUUGGCCAGGUACAACCUAAAGUUCCAACAGCAUCAGAAACAUGUGGGAAGCCCGUUAGAACACAGAUUGCCAGGCCCCAGGCCCCCAUGACUCAGUAGGGGCCUGACUUGCCUUUUCAUGAAGAUGGUGCUGAAGGCGAGGAAGGAAGCCCCUGCCCCUCCUAAAGCUGAAGCCAAGGCAAAGGCUUUGAAGGCCAAGAAAGCAGUGUUGAAAGGUGUCCACAGUCACAAGAAAAAGAAGAUCCAGAUGUCACCCACUUUCCGGCAGCCCAAAACAUUGCGGCUCAGGAGGCAGCCCAAAUAUCCUCGGAAGAGCACCCCUAGGAGAAACAAACUUGACCACUAUGCCAUCAUCAAACUCCCCCUCACCACCGAGCCAGCCAUAAAGAAAAUAGAAGACAACAACACCCUGGUAUUCAUUGUGGAUGUCAAGGCCAACAAGCACCAAAUUAAACAGGCUGUGAAGAAGCUCUAUGACAUUGAUGUGGCUAAGGUCAAUACUCUGAUCAGGCCUGAUGUUCAACUGGCUCCUGACUAUGAUGCUUUGGAUGUUGCCAACAAAACUGGGAUCAUCUAAACUGAGUCCAGCUGGCUAAUUCCAAAUAUAAAAG